CUCUUAAUCUUUUCAUGGUGGACAACAUUGAUCCAAACUUCUGGUUGUGCGUUUGUGAGUUGCGAUGUAAAGAUGAUUACAUUUAUCUUUGAAAACAACGGGUUGGUAAUAGACACACGGUCUUGAUCAACGUGAUAUCAAAUGUCUUUGGUCACAUUACUUGAAGGCGAACUAUUGCAGCGCUCUCCUCUACGGUGCCAUUGGAACGGUCAUUGCCCACGAGAUCACUCAUGGUCUCCAUGGUGGAGGUGCUAACUUUGAUGAGAAUGGUAGCCUUCGAAAGUGGUGGCGACAAAAAGACCAGGAGAUUCUCCAAAACCGCACUCAAGUGCCUGGUUGAUCAGUAUAAUAAUUUUGUAGACAAGGUGGUCAAUUUACAUGUCGACGGGUUGCAUACUUUAGAUGAAAACGUUGCUGACAUCUCUGGAUUGAAAGUAGCUUUCAAGGCAUAUCGCAGUGUUAUCAAGGAGAGAGGCCGAGAAGAAGACAAGUACCCGACACUGCCGUACACACCGGACCAGCUCUUCUUCAUCGGCUAUGCACAAGUCAUGUGUUCAAACUAUGGACCAGAUACCCGUCUACAGAAUUUGAGGUGCACCCACAGCCCGAAUUACUUUAGGGUGAUGGGGUCUAUUCAGAACAACGAGGAUUUCGGUCGAGUCUUCAACUGUCCCGUGGGAAAACCCAUGAAUCCCAAGCACAAGUGUCAAUUCUUGUAAAGAGUAAACUGCAGAAAACGGCGAAGAAAGUUACCAUGGUGGAAACCGCAGUUCAAUCAUCUUAAUCUCUUCAUUUCGUUUUAACUUUUUGAAAAUAAAAAUGUGCUGAUCUCUUGCUGCAAAAUGUUCUUAGUUUUCGAUUGAUCUUGAAAUUUUACUUAAAAUGGUACAUAGCACCAACACAAUAUCGCUUCCUCCUAGAUUCAAGAUAUGGUGUACACUUUGGGAGUUAAUAAAUGUUGGCAUGUUACACACACCUACACAACAAGGUAUUAAUAACUUGGAUUAAUGUAUCAUCUCCUGGCUUUCGCAAAGCAAAAUGUUAAUGCCUUGCGGUUGUGUCUGUUACUCGGCGCUUUUCUACUUGAAAAUAAUAUUAAUAAAUGCAAAGUUUUACUACAUUCUACUACAUUCCAGCUCCUGCUCGCAACCGUCAAGCGGAGAACUGAAGUGGUUCGGCCAUGUUGCCUGACAUGACACAUUGACUAAGACAGUCACGUAAAGGUUGUGUGAAAGGCGACCGACGCCGUGGCAAGCUAAAGAGAGGCUUGUUGACCAAUGUGAGGGGAGGGGGGCCUUUUCAGACGGGUAGAUGUUUAAUUGGCUAUCGCUCACAUAUGACGAACUUCAUUCUUUUGCUACCCUGCGAUUGGCUCAAAAUAAUCAAAUGAAAGAAACUAGUUAGGGCACGAACGAAACGGAACUGUUUUUAC